AUGAAUUGCAAUCCAAAACUCAAUGCUAAUAUUGGAGAAUUGCUUACUGAUAUUUCUGGCUAUAGGAAGCUUGUUGGAAAACUCAUUUACCUUACAAUAACUCGACUUGAUUUAACUUUUGCAGUUAAUCAGUUGAGCCACUUUCUCUCAGUCCCUAUAACACUUCAUCAACAAGCUUUGCAUAGAGUUUUGAGAUACAUUAAACAUGCUCCUGGUUUGGUUUUGUUCUUUCUCUCUUCAUCUUCUACUCAUCUAAAAGCCUUCAGCAACUCUAACUGGGCAGGAUGUGUUAAUACACAUAGAUUUGUGAUAGGAUAUUAUCUUUAUCUUGGAGAUUCUCUCAUUAGUUGGAAGUCCAAGAAACAAACCACUGUUUCUCAUUCUUCUUCUGAGGCUGAAUAUAGAGCGCUUGCUACCCCCAUUUGUGAAGGCAGUAAUAGGGACCUUGUCCAAGCAAUUUCUAGUUUUCUCUCUCAUUUUCUUGAGCUUCCAGUUCCAGAAGAGUUCUGGAGGCAUGUUUCAUCUAGGCUUAAGGUAGAGUUGUUGGUUCAGCAACAGGACCCUGUUGGAGGUAGCGGCUCCACUUCCCCCGGCCGAAGCCCCAUUUCCAUUCACAUUACCCAGUCUCGCUUUCAGGGAGAGUCCUUUGAGCAGCCAAUGCCUCAUUCAUUUGGCCUCCAUCCUGGCCUCAUUGUUCAAUGA